AUCUCAUGUGAAUUCUUCCUUGAUUUCUGGAGAUUUUUGUCUAUUUUCAUGUUUUCUUCGUUUAUCUGGUUGCUGAUCGUGUAUCUGACCGGAUCGAUCGGGUCCUGUGUCUUCCAUUUUGGUUAUUUUAUCGGCACACCAUGGCAGAUCAAGUUAAUCACCCAACAGUAAUGCAGAAAGUUGCUGGCCAACUGCAUCUGAGGUCCAGCUUUUCUCGAGAUCCACAAGCUUUGAACUGCAGCCUGUAUAGCCCCUCUUUGUAUCAGAGAUGCUUCACAACAGUAAACUGCACAAAUGGGGGAUUUCAGAAUCCGUCAAUGGCAGUUUACAGUGGUACCUAUGAGCUACCCAUUGUAACAUCUGUCUCACCUGGUUUUGCCCAUGCUCCUGCGGAGAAAGGCUUUGCAGGCUUUGCUAUUGAUUUCCUCAUGGGGGGGGUUUCUGCUGCGGUCUCCAAGACGGCUGCUGCUCCUAUUGAGCGUGUGAAACUUCUGAUACAAAAUCAGGAUGAGAUGAUCAAGGCUGGGCGCCUCUCUGAGCCUUACAAAGGAAUAUCAGACUGCUUUUCCCGAACAAUUAAAGAUGAAGGUGUUUUGUCUCUGUGGAGAGGGAACACAGCCAAUGUCAUUCGUUACUUUCCCACUCAGGCUCUGAACUUUGCCUUUAAGGAUUACUUCAAGAGGAUGUUUAAUUUUAAGAAAGACAAGGAUGGAUACUGGAAAUGGUUUGGUGGCAAUCUUGCUUCGGGUGGUGCUGCUGGUGCUUGUUCCUUGCUUUUUGUAUACUCUCUAGACUAUGCUCGUACGCGUUUGGCAAAUGAUGCAAAGGCCGCGAAGAAGGGUGGGGGAAGGCAAUUUAAUGGUCUUGUUGAUGUUUACCGGAAGACCCUGAAGUCCGAUGGCAUUGCUGGACUCUACAGAGGAUUUAAUAUUUCAUGCGUUGGGAUUAUAGUGUAUCGUGGUCUUUACUUUGGAAUGUACGACUCUUUGAAGCCAGUACUCCUCACUGGAAGCCUGCAGGAUAGUUUCUUUGCGAGCUUUGCCUUGGGUUGGUUGAUCACCAAUGGAGCUGGCCUUGCAUCUUAUCCUAUUGACACGGUAAGGAGAAGAAUGAUGAUGACCUCCGGAGAAGCUGUCAAGUACAAGAGCUCUCUGGACGCUUUCUCCCAAAUUCUGAAGAACGAGGGAGCCAAGUCCCUGUUCAAGGGUGCUGGUGCAAACAUCCUCCGUGCUAUAGCUGGUGCCGGUGUGCUUGCUGGUUACGACAAGCUGCAGCUGAUUGUCUUUGGGAAGAAAUACGGCUCUGGUGGUGCUUAAGGAUGCAUCGUCAUUUUUUCUCAUAUGAUGACGAUUUUUAUUUCAGUAUACAUGCAUCUCCGUGCGAGAAAUUCUUGGACGUCAAUAAUUUUUGGUAGUGGGAGAUCCUCCCUACAAUUUUCGGGUGGAGUUCUGUUCUCCGAAACCUUGAUUAGCCUAUUAUGAUUAUUAGAUACUGCUUUCGUGAAGUUGCGAUGACGGCGGAGUGAUGAUGUCUGUACUCUCCAAAGCUUUUCCUUGUUAAGAGAUAACUAAUCUGUCACUUUUCUACAUCUUGUUAUUUGUCUUCACUGCAGUUUGUUA